CAAGCGUUGCACAACUCGCGAGUCUCACUUCUCCAACUACCAAACAACCUCAAGCCAUACAAAGACAGCAAUCGUAGUGUCCUCACUUCAUCAACAAAUGCGAAAUAUACAAAGUCCACACACCUAUCUGUCAAACGUUCUUAAAAGAAUUCUACGAGGCUCGAAAGGAUCUUACUUUUCAAUCAGGUCGCUGGAGAAACAAGUGCAGAGUGAAUACAUUGCAUCCAAAAUAAUAAGCACUCAAAAUGUCAAACAUCAUUCGCCAUAUAGUUUUUUCUCUGUGAUGAGAAAGAGAAAUUAAUACGAGAACGAUCGACGAAGCAUUAUCAAGUAGCACACACACCAGCCAGCAGUAUCAUCAAACGAAAUCUCGUUUAGCAAUUCAUCAUCCAGUUAUUUCUCGUGAGAAUUGUUCAUUAAAAGUUAUAAAAGAGAGACAAAGAUAAGCUUUGUACUUCUUUCCCCCGUGCUCACAAAGCUAGAAACUAUACGUGUACUUAUGUAUGUGGAGCCAGUCCAGCAAUAAGGCAAAGUGAGAAGUUGGCAUAAAAGUGACAGUGAGACUUUGCUUUCAGAUCGUGCGUAAAGUCUCAUACCAUUCGAUCAGCGUUCUUACCAACGAGCAAAGGCAAGUUUGCCCAACUUUUCUUAUAAUCAAAAACUGAUUCAAAUCUGUUAAAAGGAAGUAAAAAAGUUUAGGCUUAACAGACGUGAAAUAAUUCAACUUGACUCAGCUAAAAGUCCAAGUCGGGCGAAGAAGGUUCGACCAAACCGAGUUUAAGCAACUCUGUGUGUCUGCUGGUGUGGUCAUAUUGAGAAAAAAUCAACUUUUCCCUUGCUAUCUCCGAAGACGGCUUCCUCUCUCGGUUCCGCCAAACUGUUUUUAACUAUUUACUGAUAACUGUCUAAAAAUUAGGCUGCAAGGUGUAUAUUUUAGUAGCCAUACGUGCUGCAGAAUAGGGAUGUCAAACGUAGUGUAUAAAAUGAACAUUUAAAAUACACAUGUGCACAUAUGUAUAUUUGCAAGUAAGUUGCAAGCAUACAGGAAGAACAAUUAUUGACAUUGUUCGUUCAUGCAUUCGGUGAGGGGGUAGAGGAAGAGAAAUAUUUGUAUCUACAUACAUAGCAAGUUGCAAAAAAGAUUACUGUCAGGACUGGUUGAAAUUGAAAAGCAAGCAAACCCAUCACCAAUCAUCAGGGAUACUUUCACCCUCGGUCGAACCCAACUUAUUUACCACCAUCCUCUCCUCAACUCAAUUUCUCACGCCGAAUGAGAAGAUUUGCCCCACUUCACUUCCAAUCUGGUCCGGAUUUCUCUGGUUGUCUUAACUUGAAGGAUUAUUGAAUUUCGGGUGAGAGGAUAACGUGCCAAUAGCGGAGAGAGGCGGAGGAGGCAUUAAUGGAGCAUCGGUGAGUGAAGAAAGUAGUUCAUUUUUGUCUCCGUAUGACCACUUACUUACUUCCGGAAGAAGGACUUGUACGACGUAAUUCCGAGUGUCCUCUGUUCAAUUUCUCCUAAUGAAUGACACAUGUGGACAUGGGCAUCGGCCUAACAUACAUGUAUUUCCAGGUAUUUUCCUUCCUCACUUCUCCUUGACGUUGCAGAAAGCAAUGAACCACUAAGCAAUCCGAGUUCGUUGGGCAGAAUCUUUCAUACUCCAUUUAAUUCUCCUAAUUAAGGGGAAAUUUCUGUGUAAACUUAGUUUACAUAAGUAAACAGUGAAAACCCUGAGGGAAAUUAGGAGACGGACUGAUUUGAUAGUUCUGCUGCCAAACAAGUAGUUUUGUGAACGUGUAUUGUACGUACGUACCAUUCACUCAGAAGGCCAAGUAGAAGAGUGUUUCAACCUGGAUGCAGCACCAGAAAUUGCAGAAUUCAUGACAGUUGAAUCCAGAAUAAAUGAAGUGAGAGUGGAAUGAACAAUUACUUGACUAAUGAACAAGUGAAAUAUUUCAAUCAAGUUGAACGUACAUACAUACACCUCCCAUCCUUUUGUGCACUAAAGCACUGAAUCACUGACAUCAAAGAUUUGAUACAGCGAACGACGCAACGCAACAAGGAACCCGGACCCAAUUGAACUUUCUCACAUCGCUUACUCUGCAGAAUUGCAAGCCAGGCCAAGCGAGAUGCCAUUGAUGAUUGAAUUGAAUUGAAUUUAAGUGCAACUGGGACGACACCAACUAUCAUAAAAAUUGGCUCUUUUGACCACAAAUUCUGUGAACCAGCAACAACAGCAGCAGCAGCAGUGUCUCCUGUUGUUGUGAUUUGGAGAAGAGCAAGUGAGGUCUUUUACGAGAAUCCGAUUUCAGGAAGAGUAGCUAACGCCAUCAUUUUACUUGUUCAGACUAUACAUCACCAUUACUCUAAGCCAAGAUAACGACUUUCCACUCCUCAAUAUACUUUGGGAACUUUUGUGGCUGUGUAUGUAUGUAUUCAGACAUUAGUUUUUCUAACACCAAUGUCAAGUAUCUAAACAAGUUCAUUCAACGUUCUAGUUAUACUCAAACUUUAGUGAUUAUUAAACACAUUGCUGGAUGAGAAUAUUGUAAUUCUCAAAAAUCUUUGAAAUUAACUCGAACUGAUAAUCCGUGAAAAGACUAAAAGUUAAUUUCCGCCGACGAAAGUUGCGAAACUCGUCGUGCAUGAUGAAAUAAUUUGGACUUGAGGAAAGCCUGGUGAACUUGGAGAGCUCAAAGUUUUACCAAAUCUCACAACCAGCCGCAAUCUUUCCAACUACAAGAUGAUCCUGCCAACUACCGCAACCGUGUGGAGCUUGUGUCUCAUCUUUGGAACGGUUAUUACCCACACAGAGAGCAAUGAAGAUCUCAUCGUGGAUAACAGCAACUCCACCAGUUUGGAGUCCCCAGAAUCCAUACACGACUCGUGGGUGAAGAUCCCAACGGACUGGCGACCCUCGGAAGAAGGCACAACCUCUUCCGAACAGUAUUUACCGUCCCAUGCACAAGCCAGCUUUUACUCGAGUGGAAGCAGUGGCGGCUCGAGUUAUAGGCGUGGAAGUUAUGGGCACGGUCCGAAAAGUGGGGGCGGCAAUGGUCCAGACGGACAGCCCGAACCCUACUUUGACCACGCCAUGAUGACCAACCUUUCGGAACAUUUGGGAUCACAUGCCUACCUUCGAUGCAGAGUGAAAAACCUCGGUGACAGAACGGUGUCCUGGAUAAGAAGAAGAGAUUGGCACAUCCUAACCACAGGAAGAACGGUGUACACGACAGACGAUCGCUUUCAAAUUAUCCACCAUGAUGGGUCUGACGAGUGGAGUUUGGUAAUUAGGUACACCCAACGAAGAGAUGCCGGAGAGUACGAAUGCCAGGUUUCAAAUCCUCACGGGGUAAUAGCACACUUCUUCAACCUUAAUGUCCUCGUCCCUCAAGCGUAUAUACUGGGUGCAAAAGAGUAUCACGUGCAACAAGGAACUGUUAUCAGCUUAGUCUGCAUUAUUGAAAAUAGUCCACGCUUAGUGUCUCAGUACCUGUACUGGUAUCAUAAUAAUCAAAUGAUCAACCUCAUUGGGUCAGGAAUAAGUGUUCAUACAGAAAAUGGGGUGCAUAUUCACUCCAGACUAACAGUGCCGCAGGCUGGUCCUCAACACGCUGGUACCUACACAUGCAAUGCAACAAAUACGGAGUCAGCGACAGUUCAAGUAUACGUUUCCGAUGGAGAUAAAACUGCUGCCAUUCAACGAGCGACUGGAUCACAUUUCGUUCCAGCGAGCUGGACAAUCUUCCUCGUUCUCCUCAUGAUUCUCUUGAGGGUUGAAGGAGGCUGCAGAUAAAAUAUGAUCUUCUCUCUCUCUCCGCACCAAGAAUGAUUAUCCACCCAUCUCUCACGCUCCCGAUGAUCACUAAUCAUUUCCUUCCGGAUUUACCAGCCAAACUCGUUUCUGCCAUCAUCAUCCUGCACCAUUCUACGCUCCCACUACGUACGUACGUCCUGCAAUAAUACGUGUGAACAGAAACAAUCUCAAGUUCCGAUGAUCGGGUGCGAAGUUUUGGGCUAAAUUCCUCUUCUACCAUUAUAGACUUGUAUUUAUUGCUGCUCCUGCAAAUAUAAAGUAGUCAGUGUUUCCACACAUAUUUACCGAUGAAAGUUCCCUUGCAAAUUUUUUAUGAAACAACUCUUAUACCAGUUUGUAUUAUAUAAUGAGACGAAGGUUUAAACAGUGACACAUUUAUUGCCAACGAGGAGAUGUUGAUGCGUGUGCGUCGUGGAAAUGGAUUUACGAGUUCUUAUGAAUGAUUGUCAACUGAUGAAUUUUUCGUUAAAUCGUAUUUUAAGUACUAUGUACGUUUUAUUCCAAAUAAUUACAGAGCAUUUAUUCUCUUACAUGUUAAAUGGUGAAUUUAUAUUAAUGUUAAUCAAUUAAAGUGGUGCGAAGUGGUCGUUGUAAUCUAAAAUGUAAAUAAGAUGACUCCCCACGUUGUAAAGUUUAAAUGGGGUACUUUUACCUUCUAACUGUGAUAUUUCUUAUACUUACUCGAAUACGGGGGAUAUGACAAAUCUGACACAAUGUUGUACGUGACAUGUAUACAACAUAUGUAUAUAUAUACAUAAUUACCUUCUAAUUACGAAUAUUUAACCUUGUACAUAAUUCUAGUCAUGAGAUUAACUACUUGAUUAAUACAUUUAUUAACUAAUCGGAAAUGAUGUAGGCGUGCCGAAGUCGUCUUUGAAUAAUUGUGGGGUUGAAAGUCUGCUAGCUCAUAAGCAAAUAAUCAUAUUGCGUGUCUGCGCAAUACAAAUGCAUAGCGUUUGCACCCAGCACAAGUGAAAUUCAAAAAAAGUAAUGGCAUUUAAAAUACCAUUUGUGUUUGGGGCCCCAGUUGUCUUGCUUUUUGGUUUAUGUUAAUCCGAACUCUAGAAAUAGCAGACUUUUCACUCAUGUUUCCUCACCUAUAAUUAUGAAUUUUUUCAAGUCCGCAGUACUAAUUACUGCUGUCGUCCAAAUAAUCUUUGUUCAUUAUCGACAAGUCAAAAAAUUGUGCCAAGACAGGUUUCACACCCAGAAACUUUCUCCAAAACCAAAACCUUACAAUUUGCACCACUACAGGAUAUGCAACAAAUCAUAAAUAGGCACAUGAAUACAUACAAAUAGUAAAUAACCACUAAACGGGGACAGAGUAACAAGUGUGUUAACAAAUCACCCAUUAACUUAAACGGUGUAAAGUCAUGAACAGUUCCUUGAGUUGCAAAGUAAUUUUGCAGCGAUAUGUGGUAAAAGGUUGCCUCCCAUGUUGAUAAACAGGUCAUAAACGGGCAAACUAGAUCAACGACUUGUAAUUAGUCCACCAUGAUCACAACGGGCAAGAGUAGACGACGGGCCAGAGAGAAAGAAGUAAUGAAUGGUUGCCGUUAUUAUCCUAUUUGCUAACAAAUUGUAAUAACACCUCCCGCUAGAUCAGUUUGCUAAGAACAAACAAACACAUUGAAAUAAAGGACUACAAAUGUCGCAUGUAAUGCCAAACCUGAAAUAAUUUCAGACAACUCCGAAUCUACCAAAACAAACAUGUGCACAUACACGAGGAGCCAAUGCAUAUCGCCACCAGCCAUCCUUGUACUGCUGCUGGCUUCCAUUAGGCGGAGGUGAAAUACAGUAAUGCCGAAAUUAACUCCAUAAAAGCGAAGCUUCCUGUUGUGAAGAAAUGUUGAUAACAUUUAUCUCCAACUCCAAAAGCGCAAUAUUCAUUACUCGACUAUUCUCGCCAUAUCUUGACUCUGUGGAAAGUGUUCCUUUUUCCCUCUUUCUAGCUUUGCAUACAUAUUACACGGUCGGUGACGGAAGAACUUGAAAGUAUCAUUGCGUUUCUCUUUCUUUUCUCUCGUAGAGGCAUUUUCUGGCCAAUUCGCAGGAAUAAUGCAUCUGAUACGAGUGUGGCAGCGGUCAUGUUCCUAAAAAUAAAGAGCAAUGGUCUAACGAACAAGUUGUGCUGGCGAGAGUCAGAAUGGGCACGUAUUUAUUUGGUGUAGGUAAAAAUGGCGUGCUUUGGUCACGGUGGAACAUAAAGCAUGCAUGGCGUGCUAAGAAAUCAAGAGAGAGAGAGAGAGAGAAAAGAACAUUAGAAAGCUAAUUCAGAUUUUGAGAUUGAGUCCCUUUCAACUUGAACCUUCCACGACUAACACUUAAAGAAAGUACUCAAGUUCCUAAACUAAGCAUUACUGCUACAAGCAAGUCAAGUUUGAUUUCACCCUUUCUUGAGCUUAGUUGUACAAAAAGUGUUAUUUUGCUUGAGUUAAAAUGCACAGAGACGUGUUAUGUAUGUAUUCGGUGGUAAAACAUUUCAUAAAUCAUUGAACUCAAAAGAAGGACCAAUAAGCAAAGCACAUGCAUGGGAAAGUUUGUACAUAUUCUAACAAAAUGAAAAUGCUUUCCAACGUCUUCUUGAGACAAAAUGGGUUCUUUCUUGUGCUGCACUUUCACUCCAUAAGACUUGCUUCUCAUUACAAAACCAGAUUUCAUCCUGGGAGAUGAGGGCAGUAGGACGCAAACUAUUAUUUGCGUUGCAGCAGUCAAGCCAAAAAAGUUGGGAGACAAGUUUGAUUUUUGAUUUGGGUUCCGGUCUUCUUCUGCUUCGUAAAUGCAGUGGUCUAAACUAAGGAAGGGAAAGAAGAAGCCUGCAAAAAAUAUGCGAAUGAUGCGACUUCCUUCUGGCUGAACUAUAUCUACAUAUCUACAAAUAGAUACGCAUACAUUCACCCCGGCGUCCAACGUAGCUGUCUGAUUUUCCAGUGUAAAAGUGAAAGUAAAUACGAUCUGGGCGGACAAGGACGACCAUUGGUGCAUGUUUAUGAAGUAAGAAAGAGGCGCAGAGUGUAUAGUUUUGCAUUUGGAGAAAGUAAACAAACAGUAAAACCAACAUCACAAAACAUGAUUUGGAUUGAGCUGGAGUUUGGUUUUAGUGGAGGAGAAAGUUUCAAGUGGCACAAAAACGGGAGAAAACUCUUUACGUCCAAGUGCGACCAAGAGUACGUAGCAGCAGACCAUCAUCAGUCAGAAUAUUGCACGGCGGCAGUGGUCGUGCGGUCCUUUCUACUUCUUCUUAUAUUUGGUUGGAUACUUUUAUGUACCUCUCUCGCCCCCACUUGUUUUCACCACCACUUGCUCCAGUUUUACAUAAAAGCUUGAUAACUCUGAGCAAUGUCGUGCAUGAAUUUAAAUGGAACCAAGCAUCACGUCAGAUGGAGAGGGCAAAAAAAUGAAACUGCCAUGAAUUUGAUUGUGUGAGUUGACUUCUUUUACUUCCUUUUGCUUUCCUUUGUUUCUUCUGGUGUGGAAAGAAUGUUGACCUAAAUGGGACUACUAUUGCAGUGUUGUUUAGAUUGGACAUGAGUUUAUCCUAACAACGGUGGCAUAAUAUUAUUGUGCGAUAAGAACAAAAAUCAUUUGGGUACGAUGUGGGAUAUGCAUAUAAAUAUAUGUAUACGAUCAUUCGCGUUAGGGAAUGCUUUCUCUGUUGUUUUUUUAAUAAAAAAUAAGAUUAAGAAAAAUUUUGGCUCUAUUUGUGCUGUGUAUUAUGUGCUUGGCGUAAAAACUGGGAGUACGUACUUAAGUGUAUACAAGAAUUGUGUCAAUUUGAUAUGUGAAUGGACUUAUCAACUCCCAAAAUGACAUUAAGCACUGUUACAUAGUUGGUGGUAAUGCUAUCACACCAAUUUAUUUCUAGGUUAAAAGCAGUAAAAACAGUCCGAAUUCCGAGGGACGUACUUAAUGUACGUCGUUCAAAUAAACAAAUACGUAUUUUAUUUGGAACAACUUAUCUUCUGCUUUCCCCAGAACAUUUACGAAUGCUUUACUCCAUGCACAACAGCACAUGCCUAUAAUAAUAGUAAUACUAAUAAUGCUUAACGUUAUUUGAACCACAAUUUGUUCUAAUAUAUUUUACUUAUUAAGUAAGGCAAUAAAUAAUUAUGUAAAGUGAUUGCGAAUGAGUAAAUAUUCUUCUUCAGUCUCGUAACGAAUGAUAAAUAUUAGGCAUGCAUUUUUAUGUGUAUGAUAAAAAUAGUUUACAAUUUCCAAAGCUGUUUAAGAGAAAAUAUGAAAAAAUAUGUGCUUAAUAGAUGAAAUCUUUACCUGUGUAAAUAAUGUAUGAAUAGCUAAGCAUAUGCGCAUUUGAAUAACCGAAUGUGUUUAAUAAUGAGUGUGAGACGAACGCAUGAAAGUUGUCAGGAUUUUUAAUUACAUUUGGUCAAUGAAUUACUGUCAAUUGAAUCUCUUGAACUCAUAAACCUUGUAUACAAAAAGUGUAUUAGCUAAUAUUAUCUGAUAGUGUGAGUACGUGUGUAAUAUUGAAAUUCUCAACAUGUAUAGACCAUUAAACGUGCGUAUAGGAAAUAAAUGGAAAAUUCCAUUGUUGUCAAAUGUAUAUGAAAUAAAAUAUAUGUAAUUAUUUAAGUUUACUCAUAAUAAAGUCCGAUAUCCUACUUCA